AGUCGGUGGUGAGCCAUGGCGGUGGUGGUGGCGGCAGCGGCAGCAGUGCGGUCCCGGAUCCUUCAGGUGUCUUCUAAAGUGAACUCCACAUGGUACCCAGCAGCCUCCUUCUCUUCAUCAUCAGUGCCAACCGUACAGCUCUUCAUUGAUGGGAAAUUUGUGGAAUCCAAAAGUGACAAAUGGAUUGAUAUCCAUAACCCAGCCACCAAUGAGGUUAUUGGUCGAGUCCCUCAGUCCACCAAAGCUGAAAUGGACGCAGCAGUUGCUGCUUGCAAACGUGCUUUCCCUGCAUGGGCAGACACAUCUAUUUUAAGCCGUCAGCAGGUCCUGCUCCGCUAUCAACAACUUAUUAAAGAAAACCUGAAAGAAAUCGCCAGGUUAAUCACGCUGGAACAAGGGAAGACCCUCGCUGAUGCGGAAGGGGAUGUAUUCCGAGGCCUGCAGGUGGUCGAGCAUGCCUGUAGUGUGACAUCCCUCAUGCUGGGAGAGACCAUGCCAUCUAUCACCAAAGACAUGGACCUUUAUUCCUACCGUCUGCCACUGGGGGUGUGUGCAGGCAUUGCACCAUUUAAUUUUCCUGCCAUGAUUCCCCUUUGGAUGUUUCCCAUGGCUAUGGUUUGUGGGAAUACUUUCCUAAUGAAGCCAUCAGAGCGAGUACCUGGAGCAACUAUGCUUCUUGCUAAGUUGCUCCAGGAUUCUGGCGCCCCUGAUGGAACACUGAACAUCAUUCACGGACAGCAUGAAGCUGUAAAUUUUAUUUGUGAUCAUCCAGACAUCAAAGCAAUCAGCUUUGUGGGAUCCAACCAGGCAGGAGAGUACAUCUUUGAAAGAGGGUCAAGAAAUGGCAAGAGGGUCCAAGCCAACAUGGGAGCCAAAAACCAUGGGGUAGUCAUGCCAGAUGCUAAUAAGGAAAGUACCCUCAACCAGCUGGUUGGGGCAGCAUUUGGAGCUGCUGGUCAACGCUGCAUGGCUCUUUCAACAGCCAUCCUUGUAGGAGAAGCUAAGAAGUGGUUGCCAGAACUGGUGGAGCGUGCCAAAAAUCUUCGAGUCAAUGCAGGAGACCAGCCUGGAGCUGAUCUUGGCCCUCUGAUCACCCCUCAGGCCAAAGAGCGAGUCUGCAAUCUGAUUGAUAGUGGAACAAAAGAGGGAGCUUCCGUCCUUCUAGAUGGGCGAAAAAUUAAAGUCAAAGGCUAUGAAAACGGUAACUUUGUUGGACCAACCAUCAUCUCCAAAGUCACGCCAAGUAUGACUUGUUACAAAGAGGAGAUUUUUGGUCCAGUUCUUGUGGUUUUAGAGACAGAAACACUGGAUGAAGCCAUCAAGAUUGUAAAUGAUAAUCCAUAUGGAAACGGAACUGCUAUCUUCACCACCAAUGGUGCCACUGCUCGCAAAUACUCUCACAUGGUGGAUGUCGGACAGGUGGGUGUGAAUGUCCCCAUUCCAGUGCCUUUGCCAAUGUUUUCCUUCACCGGAUCUCGAUCUUCCUUCAGAGGAGACACCAAUUUCUAUGGCAAACAGGGCAUCCAGUUUUACACUCAGCUAAAGACUAUCACAUCUCAGUGGAAAGAAGAGGACGCUACUCUUUCCUCUCCUGCUGUCGUCAUGCCUACCAUGGGGCGUUAGAAACAAAUUCAAGACUCAAUCCAACCUGAGUCGUUUCCCACCAUUCUUGGCAACCUUCACUUGCCAUCUUUGCCCAAAUCAGGUCCAUGAGAAUGGAAUAUGUUGCAACUAAACUCUU